AUGGCUCAAAUCAGACAGAAAAGUUAUGCCAAUGUUAGGCGUAAGAACCUAGAGUUCAAGACUGGUGAAAAGAUAUUCUUAAAGGUGGCACCCAUGAGAGGUGUUCUGAGGUUUGGAAGGAAAGGAAAGUUGAUUCCGCGAUUUAUUGGGCCUUUCGAGAUCUGUCCCCAUGUGGUAGAUUUUGAACCGUUGCAGUUGAAUGAAAACUUGAGUUAUGAAUGGAAGCCUGUGAGAAUUCUCGCCAGGGAGGUGAAGAUGUUGUACAGCAAGGAGAUAACGCUUGUGAAAGUCUUGUGGCAGAAUAACCAAUUCAGGAGGGCUAUUUGGGAGGGAGAGGAUGAGAUGAGGACCCAGUACUCUGAGCUUUUUCAGGAGUGA